GUACUAAUCUCAUCACUAGAUGGCAGUGUGAUUCCUCAUCGGCCGUCAUUGCAACAAUUUUGUCAGCGAGUAAUAGCGAAGUACAACGAAACAUGGCCGACUCGGAGGGGAAAGAUAGCAUCAACCAUGCUACAGGUCGAGCAGAUGUCAAGGUGCAUGAAAUUGCACGAGCCAAGACUGAAGGCAAGGAGCUAACCAAAGAAGAGAAGCAGCGACUUAGGAAAGAGAAGAAGCAACAUAAAAAGGGCAAGAAAGAUGACAAGGGUCCUCCGGAAAAAGUGAAGGAGAACCCAUCAGUUCCACCCCCAUCAAAACCUGCCACACAGAGCCCAGUACAUAAAGCGGCCCCUGCACCCGUAAAUCCUGUGGUGUCUGAACCUCCUGCGCCUGCAGAGAAGCCCGCAAAGAGCAAAGCGGAGUUGCGAGCGGAGCGGCGGGCACGGCAGGAGACAGACCGGGCAUCGAAACAGGGCAAGAAAGAAGGUGGCCCGCAGUCAUCCAGCAAACUUAAAGUCACCCCCAGCGAGCUUCAACCAGUCGUGAAAAGGUUACCGGAGCAUGUUCAAGUAGACGACCCUGCUGCGUUAAAAAAGUUGGCUAAAAAGCUAGAGAGACAGCAGAGGUCAGGGCAUGGACGCGGUUUUAAUGUAACUGGAGUCAAGGUUCCUUUGAGGUCAGAUUAUGGCUACAAGGUCAGCCUGUUUUCUCAUCUACACCAAUAUAGCCGAAAAGCCCCUCCUACCCAAAAAAUCAGCAUCCCUGCCACAGUUAUUCACCCAUCCAUUGUUCGGUUGGGCCUGCAGUACUCUCAGGGCAUUAUAGCAGGAUCCAAUGCUCGAUCUGUGGCCCUACUACAUGCUUUCAAACAGGUUAUCCAGGACUAUAGCACACCUCCGAAUGAGGAGUUGUCAAGGGACCUUGUGAAUAAGUUGUCACCCUAUAUCAGUUUUCUUAGCCAAUGUCGCCCCCUUUCUGCAAGCAUGGGAAAUGCAAUCAAGUACAUCAAGAAGGAAAUUUCUAAUAUCCCAAAUCAUUGCAAAGAAGAAGAGGCGAAAAAGAAACUGCAGCUAUGUAUUGAUAAUUACAUAAAUGAGAAGAUCACAUUGGCUUCCCAAGCCAUUUCUAAGUGUGCUAUUGAGAAGAUAAGUAAUGGAGAUGUUAUUCUGGUUUAUGGAUGCUCUUCACUUGUCAAUCACAUUUUGUGUGAAGCUUUUGAUAAACAGAGGAAGUUCAGAGUCAUAGUUGUGGACAGUCGGCCCAGACUGGAGGGCAGGGAAGCGCUGAGACGUCUGGUGAAGAAAGGCAUCCAGUGUACCUAUGUGCUUAUAUCUGCCUUGUCCUACAUUCUGCCUGAAGUAUCCAAGGUAUUGCUUGGUGCCCACGCACUCCUUGCCAAUGGAUACGUGAUGUCACGUGUUGGAACUUCCCAAAUCGCCCUGGUAGCGAAGGCUUACAAUGUACCAGUGCUGGUCUGCUGUGAGACCUACAAGUUCUGUGAACGAGUGCAGACGGAUUCUUUUGUAUCCAAUGAAUUAGAUGACCCAGAUGACCUGAUUGUGACACGAAAUGGGAAGACCCACCUAAAGGACUGGCAGACUGUUAAGUCACUGGGGCUUCUGAACUUGGUGUAUGACGUGACACCACCAGACUUUGUGGACCUUGUGAUCACUGACCUGGGCAUGAUCCCCUGUACCUCUGUGCCUGUGGUACUGCGAGUCAAGAACAUAGAUCUGUAAAGAUCAGAUAAUGGGGUUCUGCUUACCUCUUGCAUCUGCACACAGGGCUUUUGGUAUGAAAUAAACACAUCUAUUAAAUGGAACAAGUUAAUGUGCUCACUGGCAGGAUCCAAAAACCCAAAACACAUUUAAAAUGUAUCCAUAAUAUAGCUCCACGCCUCCACUAUACAAAAAAAUGUAUUUUCAAUGCAUCUAAAAUACCUUAUCUUGCAUCAGGUAGAAGAAUUGUAAAUGGGAUCAAGAAUAUCACAAAUAGCUUCUGAUUCUUGUGAUAAGUCAUUUAAUAAACUAUUUAAAGGGACACUCCACUUUGGAAAAAAAUAUAUAUACAAAUUUUCCAGCUCCCCUAUAGUUAAACAUUUGAUUUUUAUGGUUUUGAAAUCCCUUCAGCUGAUCUCCGGGUCUGGCGCUACCACUUUUAGCAUCGCUUAGCACAAUCCAUUGAAUCUGAUUAGACCAUUAGCAUCGCUCAAAAAAUUAAUUAAAACUUGACUCUUCUGUAGUUACAUUGUGUGCUAAGACCGACAGAAAAUUAAAAGUUGUGAUUUUCUAGGCAUAUAUGGCUAGGAACUAUACUCUCAUUCUGGCGUAAUAAUUAAUAACUAUGCUGUUGUAACAUGGCUGCAGGAGGUGCAAUGAUAUUACGCAGCAGCCGAAAAUAGUCCCCUUACUUUCAAUGGCAGGGGACUAUUUUCGGGCAGUGAGUAAUAUCACUACGCCUGCUCCAGCCAUGUUACAGCUGCAAAGUCCUUGAUUAUUACGCCAGAAUGAGAGUAUAGUCCUAGUCAUAUAUGCCUAGAAAAUCGCUACUUUUAAUUUUCUGUCUGUCUUAGUACACGAUGUCACUACAGAAGAGUCAAGUUUUAAAUGUGAAAAAAAAUCGAAACUCUUUGGUUAUUUUUUAACGUGAUGCUAAUGGUUUAAUCAGAUUAAAUGGCUUGUGCUAAGCUAUGCUAAAAGUGCUAGCGCCAGACCCGAAGAUCAGCUGAAGGGAUGCUGGAAAAUGAGCAUAUUUCAAAAAAGUGGAGUGUAGCUUUAAAGAAAACAUUUAAGUAGAAAAUACAUCAAAUUUAAGUUUGGUCCAUUAGGAGACAUUAGCACUGUUGGAAAUAUUUGGUUUGUUACGGCUGCUGAAAUCCAUUCAUAGAUGUGAAAAGGAUUUUAAACGUGUUAAAUAUCAAGUGCAAAUGUGGCCAGUUGAGAGGCUGAAAAUGUUGCAUAAGGGGUUUGCUUAUAUUAUCUAAACUCCAGAAAAAUAAAUGCUUUGGAUAAAACUGUU